AUGCCUCUCAUCAUAGUAACGGGCCUCCCAACAUCGGGCAAAUCCCACCGGGCCGCCCAACUGCACGCCUACCUCGCGUCGCACCUCGCGGCCUCACCCUCGAAGCCACCGUACCGCCUUCACCUCAUCUCUGACGAGUCCCUCUCGAUCCCCCGUUCCGUCUACGACCUCUCCGCGACGCCGGCUCAUGUGCGCUCGGCCAACGCCUCGGAGAAGGAUGCCCGCGCGACGACGUACGCGGCCGUCAAGCGCGUCCUCUCGGACCGCGACAUAGUCAUCCUCGACGGGGGCAACUACAUCAAGGGGUGGCGGUACCAGCUGCACUGCGAGGCCAAGGCCGUCAGGACCCCCUGCGCGCUGCUGCAGAUUGGCUGCUCCGUCGACCGGGCGCGGUCGGUCAACGAGGCGCGGCGCGCGGCGAGAGAGGCGGCGGCGGCGGCAGCAGCAGCAGCAGACACUUCAGCACACGGCGACACGACCGGCGACAACGCCCCGACGACAGAAGCCUACGAGCCCGCCAGCUGGGAGAAUCUCGUGUUCCGCUACGAGGAGCCGAACCCCAUGACGCGGUGGGACAGCCCCCUCUUCACCCUCAUCUGGGAGGACGACGACGCGCAGGCCAGCUCGGUCUUCGCGUCGCUGUGGGAGGCCGUGGCGGGCGAGGGGCGCAAGGCCGUCAAGCCCAACCAGGCGACGGUGCAGCGCAGCCGCGAUGCGGGCGGGGACUACCUGUACGUGCUCGACCGGGAGACGCAGGACAUUGUGCGUCGGAUCCUCGAGGGGCAGGGCGAGGAGGGGGGCGGGACCGUCAGCGUGCCGAACGGCGGAGGCACCCAGGCGAGGGAGCUGACGGUCGAGCUCCCGGGGCGGAAGCUCGGGGUGCCGCAGAUGCAGAGGCACCGGAGGGCGUUUGUGGGGCUGAACCGCGGGGGCAUCGGGCUCGAGGGCGUCGGCGAGUUCACCGUCACGAGGAUGAGGGAGGGGUUCGUGGGGUACCUCAACGACGCCUUUGACAAGGAGGAUGUGUAG